UACUGAAAGCAGAUCAGAGCCCUUGGAUGAGCGCGCACUCCGGUCAUGGUAAGGGUUAAUUGAGUGUGAGACACAGUGUGACGCGCGAUGGCUUUGUGCGGACCGAGCAUGUGCGGCUCCGUCGGACGAGAUAAUGCACUGUUCGGGCCGAGAAAUGGGCGGCCCGUCGGAUGAGAUAUUGCGCGACGCAGGCCGAGAAAUUUGCGGCCCGUCGGAUGAGAUAUUGCGCGACGCAGGCCGAGGAAUUUGCGGCCACGUAGGACGAGAUAUGGCGCAAUGCGGACCGACGGACUGUUUGUGCUCCCUCUGACGCGAGUCGCAUCGUAUACCGGUUUGCGCAAUCCUUGGAGUAAAAACACUUACAACAAUGAUAUACACUUUAUUACAACGCCAGAUGUCAAUAUCUACGUUUACCACGCCGCAAAAAUCAACAUAGACAGCCAAACCAGCAUGCUUCUCCUGUCCAUGGUCAUCACCAGACCCAGAAUUUGGACCCCCAGGGUCAACGUGACCCUCCAGCUCGAGCGGCAUGGGCACGUGAUCAUGUUACAUCUAAUGCAGCUACUACCACAUUUGAUCACAAUCAGAGUACGGAAGGUAUGUUUGACUUAAGAAUUAUGAAGCAAGACUUGACUCAACAAAAUAUGACAGUUUCGACGGAAAUCGGCAAUAUUAACUCGAAAUUAGACUCAGUUUUGUCAACUGUGAAUGAGUUGAAGUCUGACAAUGAAAAACUAAAACAAGACAAUAUUUCUCUUCAUCAUGAAAUAUCUCAAAUGAAAAGCAAACUAGACCAGUACGAAAGUCAGUCGCGUAGAAACAAUUUGAGAUUUAAUGGCAUCAGUGGCAAUACUAACGAGCAAUGGAGUGUAACUAAAGAAAAACUUCGAAUAUUUUUAAAAACAGCCUUGAACUUUGGAGACGAAGCGGACCAAAUCGACAUUGACCGUGCUCACCGGAUUAAAUCGAAUGACAGCAAUGGAUGUACAAUUAUAGCUCGUUUUGUGCGCUUCAAAGACUGACAAUCAAUUAUGACUAAAGCCUCGAGUGUACUUAAAUCGGACACAAACCCUAAGUACUCUGUACAACAAGACUACACAGACCGUGUAAAACGACAUAAAAGAAUACUCGGGGAACGCAUGGUGCGUGAACGCAACAAUGGGCGUUACGCAUCUAUUCGAUACGACAAGUUGUUUGUAAAUGACACUAUCUAUAGAUACGAUGAUAACACAGACCAAAUUGUUUACGUUGGGAAGCGCUCCAGACCAUGUGCAUUCCCGCAACAAGGGGGUGAGAAAAACCGCACCGAUGAUGAGCAGCGAUUGGUCGGAUCUCAAUCGCGGGAACAGUGAACACGAUGACGACCGGUCACAUGGUAACGCUCAGAAAAUCAAUGGAGCUACGCCAAAUCACGAAGCGAACAGGCAUUCCGAUGACUCUCUCUCCGAUUAGGGACUAGGUCAAGGUCCUAAUACGAACAUUGUUUAUAAACAUUCUAGCGUUGAGGUUGAAUGGAACAUAUAUGGAUUAAACAAAUAUUUUGAAAAUGCCGAGGUCACUAAGUUUUUUAGUUCAUUUGAUAUAAUACAUAUUUGUGAAACUUGGGCUAAAUAUGUUUGGGAUUUUAAUGACUUUAUAAACUCGUAUGUUCAUUACGACUUUGUGAGAAAGAUGAAAAAUAAUGCUAUCAGAAAUAGUGGGGGAAUUAGUGUCUAUAUAAGUAGUAAAUUACAUAAGCAAGUACCUAUUCGACGAAUUUAUGAACAAUUUGAAAACUGUGUUAUAUUGUACUGUGAAUACUCUACCUUGUAUGAUUGUGAGGAUAUUAUAAUGUACUUUACGUAUGUAUCUCCUGAAGGAUCAUGCUGCUAUAAUGAUCAAGAUGAGAAGAAUGGCAUAUCUCAAAUGUAUGAUAAUUUAGAAACUAUAACUUAUGAUUAUCCACAAGCAUUGUUGUACAUUGCAGGUGAUUUGAAUUCCAGAUGUAAAGAUUUUUUGGAUUAUAUUCCGUUCGAUGAUCUAUUUUAUAUUUUUGGUAAUAUAGACUAUGAUGGAAGCACAUUUGAUAUCCCACGCAAUAAUAAGGAUAAUAUACGUGGUAAUAAUUAUGGUAAAUCUCUGGUAAAUCUAUGUUACAUAUUUAACAUGCACAUUCUCAAUGGCCGCUUCCCUGGUGAUAGAUGUGGUGAAUUUACAUGUUUUUCAAAUGAUUGCGCAAGCGUCGUUGAUUAUAUGAUUGCUUCAUCAUUACUCUUUCAAUACAUUAAAGACUUCAAAGUUUUUGACAGGGAUGAUUCGGAUCAUUUUCCGUUUUUUUGUGUAUUUGAAUUUCCAUACAGGUCAAAUACUAUUGUAAAUAAUAUUAAUGAUUAUCCACUUAACACAUGGAAGUUUCGAUGGCGUAAUUCGUUAUGUGACGAGUUCGUACUGACGUUAAGGGGCUUAUUGCAGAGUCGGUAUAACACUUUGCUUGAUACCAUAAAUUCUAAUGUUAAUUCUGCGGUAGAUCUGAUUACAGUUAUAUAUCAGGAUGCCGGUAAAUGUAUGCUGGUUAAUUUUCGGUAUUUUUCAUCACAACCACCUUGGUGGGAUGACGAGUGCGACUAUUUAAAGUCGGUAAAAUACAUCGAUCUUCAUUAAUUUCGUAGUAAGCUCCAAUUUAGAGUCAGAUCUCAGAUUGUUUAAAGAUAAACGAAAUAAUUUUAAGAAUCAUUGUAGGUCAAAAGUAUACGAAUAUCAAAGGUUAAACCGCCAAGAACUAGUUAAUUGUAGUAAUAAUCAUACAAUGUUUUGGAAACUUAAAGAAAAGUAAACCAGCCAAACCAAUUGACUCUAGUAUCUCAAAAAUAGAAUGGUUACAAUAUUUCAGUGGCCUUUUAUUCGAUGAGAACUCUAUUGUUGUUGAUUACACUGUUGGAAAUGACCAUGCUUAUUCUAAUGAUACGGCGAUUUCACUAAAUGAUCCUUUCACAUUGCAAGAAAUUGAAUGGUCAAUAUCCAAAUAAAUAAAUGGUAAAAGUUGUGGUCUGGACGGAAUUCCAUCUGAAUUUUACAAGUGUUCAAAAACGGAUAUUUCUCCAAUAAUGUUGUUGUUGUUUAAUACAAUAUUAGACACUGGUAACUUUCCCUAGUCGUGGGGUCAAAGUAUCAUUACACCGAUUCAUAAGUCAGGUCCAAGUAAUAACCCUGGUAACUAUCGUGGUAUAUCUAUUACGAAUAUUCUAUAUGAAAUAUUCUCUGGAGUUAUUAAUAAGAGAUUGUAUGACUGGGCAGAGGAAAAUAAUAAGAUUGAUGAAUCUCAAGCAGGUUUCCGUAUAGGAUAUUCGGCAGUUGAUAAUGUCUUUUGUUUACAGGCGAUGGUCCAAAAAUAUCUUUCAAAACGGGGUGGUCGAUUCUAUUGUUUGUACGUUGACUACCGUAAAGCCUUUGAUAAAGUUAACCAUGUCAAACUAUUUUCAUCGUUAGAAAAGAAAGAAGUUUUUGGAAAGUU